GGAACUUCAUCACUGUCAAAGGUGCCAAAAAUAUGGGCUAUAUAUUGUCUGAUUACAGAACAUCUUAAUGUUCAUAUUUAUAUACCAAACAUCAAUGAUAUUGUGGAAGUAUUUUAUUACGAAGGCAGAACUUACAGAUAUCAAUUUCUAUAUAAAUUGCAAAGCUUUUCCAUUUUGUCGGCAGAAAAGUUUUAUAUCAGGACUUACACGAUAUAUCUAAUAUAAUCCGGUAGGAUAAAAACAACUCUACAAUGAUUGUGACAGAAAAAUUAAUUGCAUUUGUUUUGACAAUACAACUGUUGACCACUGUCCAUGUUGAUUGUAAACCCUGUACGAAGUCCGGUUCCGAAUGCCAACAAGUGAGAAUGUCAUUGAUAUCAAAUAACCUACAAGCCCCCCUUGUAGCAGAACUUGACAUAACGUCAAUGAACCAGCAGUUAAAAGCUUACAUUGAUGAUGAUAUCAAAUCCACCUUUUCUGAUGAUGUUCAGGACAUGGUGAAAAAUGAGCAAGAACAAUUAAAGACAUCCAUGCUAGACGAUUAUUCGUCAAAACUGAACGGCACAAAGAAAGAAUAUGACAAAAAGAUGUCGAAUAUAGUUCAAAACAUUGAGGACAAACAAGAAAAGAUACAGCUAGAAAUAUCUGAAGUUUACAAAAAUUUAAGUGAAAGUGAAUUUAACUAUAAUACGGAAAUAACGGAUUUGUUGAGUGGUUUUGAACACAGACAGGAAAGCUUGAAAUUGGCAAUGUUAUCUGAAUAUUUAACCAAGCUUCAAAAAUCUCAAGACUAUAACAAUAAUAAAAUAAACGAUCUUGCAAGUGACCUUAAAUCUCAAUUUGCGAAUUUAUCACAAGAACUCGAUGGAAAAAUUACUGCUUAUUUACAAAUUCAAAGAAAGGAAUUGGAAGAAUGGAGGAUAAAUUUGACGGAGUCAUUGAAUGAUACAGAAUCACAUAAAGAUAGAAAAAACAGAGACUGCACAGAUAUAGAAAAGAACAGCUACAAGACGCUGGGAAGUGGUGUGUACAAAAUAUAUCCCGACGACAGAAAUCUUGUUAAGGCGUAUUGUGAUAUGUCUACAAACGGCGGAGGUUGGACAGUUAUUCAGAAAAGAUUUGAUGGAUCAGUAGACUUUAACCGGAAGUGGUUGGAAUGUGAAAACGGAUUCGGUAACAUUGAUGGAGAAUUCUGGUUUGGAAACAAUUACAUGCAUACUCUGACAGCAAGUGGAAAAUACGAACUGAGAAUAGACAUGGUUGACAAAAGUAAUAAAAAGAAAUAUGCUGUAUACAAACGAUUCAGUAUUGGAGACGCUGCUUCGAAGUACGGGUUAACAGUCGGUGAUUAUUCAGGAAACGCAGGGGAUUUAUUGAAACAUCAUAAUGGAUAUAAGUUUAGUGCUAGGGAUCAGGACAAUGACAUAUAUGAUAGAAAUUGUGCCGCUUUGUAUGAAGGACCAUGGUGGCAUCAUGGUGGAUGUUAUCAUGCAAACAUUAACAGGCCUUUUGGAAAGAUGCAAUGGAACGGAGCAAUAUCAAGAUCUGUCAUGAUGAUCAGGAAAAUAUAAAUGUUAUUUCUCCAACAAUAAAUGAUUUCAUAAAGCUG